ACUGGUGUUUAACACUUUUUCUACGAAUACAAACCGAAAGUUUCUACGUGUUUCUACUUAAUAUGUUAUCUGUACAUGGAAUCUUGUACGGCAAGAAGGAGGAAAGAUUGCAUUAAAGGAAAUCUUAGCAGCUGUUUGUUUAUGCUACCAUUCUGAAUCUUCACAUGGACAAAACGAGUAUGGAGUAUUCAAAAUCAGAUUUAGAAUUACAAAUAAAACUGCUCCAGGACACAGUCCAAAAGCGACAGAAUAAGACCCUUACAAUAGCUGUUAUUGGUCAGUGUGGCUGUGGCAAAUCGUCAUUUAUCAACACUGCCAUGGCGGUGUUCAGUGGUGAAUACCAUGAACGUGCGCUUGUUGGGAACUUCGAUGAGGAAGGGGAGCACGUGACCCGCCGACUGACCAGAUAUUCAAAAGAGAAAUACUUAGAAGAUAAGGAUUCAUUGGAUCACUGUUAUCCCACAAUUCUAGACAUGACUGGAUUUCAGGACACAGAUGACGAAGCUGUCAGGGAAACGUUGGAGAUGAUAUUUGAGGGUCGUAUUAGAGAAGGAACUAAACUGAAUAGCAGAGGUCGAAAAAAUGUUCUUGGUAUUGUGAAACCCCUUUUCCCCGACACUAAAGUUGAUAGAAUUAUCUUUAUUGCAUCAGCAAAAUUUGAAAAAUUUGCUGAAGAACUGAUGAAAUCUGUCAAAUUCCUAGCCCUGGAGGGAAGCAGAGAUAUUCCCAUAUUUGGUGUUUUAACCCAUGCCGAUGAAAUAGAUGUCAGCGAUCCAAAAUUUUGUAGAUUCGAAAAAAAGUUCAAGGAUUGCCUUGGAUUAUCGUCAAUGCGCUACUUAUGUUGUACCAAUUACUGCAGUAAUUUCCCCGUGGACAAUGAACGGAUCCCUGACGUAGAAGUUCCUGUGAUGAGAUUUCUUAGACAGGUUAUUGAUCCUGCUCGAGAAGUUUAUGAAGAGGAAAGAAGCAUGCAACGUAUAUACAGACGAAUGAAUAUGCAGUUUAAAACCAUAGCAGUCUGCCUUUUACAGAGUCUUUUGGUUUUUUUGUAUUUGCUCUUCAUAAUGCAACCUCCUGUCGAAGUUUUUGAAAUAUGCAGGGCGAGAACGGAGCAUGAUUUGCACACAUCAAAUCUGGAUCACCUUUGUAGUUUGAAUGCCGAUUGGAAAAUCAUGGCCACACCAUCUUGUUUUUAUUUAUUUUUGUAUUUGGCACUUGUGUACUAUGGUGUUGGUCCGUUACUCAAUUUUAUUUUAAGUACAGAUCAAAAUUUAAAGGCAUUAUUCAAUCAAAGAAUUUUAUCAUUUAUAAAACAAAAAUUGAUGGAAAUUUAUGCUAAUCAAUAGAGGAAACCUAAUCUAUCAGGGUUUAUUUAGGUUUGUCAACAACGAGUAUUCGAGUACUGUCCCGAUAGUCAUCAGCUAAAAUCAUCUUAGUCGUUUACUUGUUAUAAAGUGAACAAGAUUUGAAUAUUUUACUUUUCCUUAACGGAGCACGUUUUGGAGGUUUUUGCAGGUUUGGAAAGAUUGGUGGAUAAUUCUUUUCCUUGGAAAAUUCUAAAGGUUUUUGGAAUUGCAACCUAAGUAGUUUUUAUUUAUUGGUGAUUUGUUAUUUUUGUGAAAUGCCAUUUUGCUACUGAUGUGAUAAGGUUUCCCUAUAAAAUAAUAAGGUUUUGUAUAUGUCUGGUUUUUUGUUACAACACAGUUGUAGUGCGUGAUCUUGAUUUGAUUUGAACAUAUUUUAUUAUGCAAAUGUAUAUUUACAUAAAUGGAUUAGGCAGCAGGCAAUGCCUAUGUAAGCCUUCUCCAUUAGGUGUAAGGUAAUACAUAUAAAGUACAAGAUAUAAAUGACAAGAGACGGCUUUAAAGUGUCUGUGAUUUCAGACCUUUCGCACAUAAAAGCGUGUAACAUGUACAUGGAUGGUAUGAAAAUAAAGAAAAAAUACAGACGCUUAUUUACACAAGAGACCAAGCCCAAAAUAUAUGAAUGAGUGCAUGAUCUUAAGCUACUUGCAAUGCGCAAUGUAUCUGUUAUAGUUUGAUAAUUCAGAGCAAUUCAUUGAGUUUAAGGAAAAAAUUGAAUAUAUAAAACCUUCAAAAUUGAUUAUGAAUUGAAAUAAUCAUACUACUUUGUGAAUAAGUGAAACUAUUUAAUAAGAAACAUUAAGAGACUUUUAAUAUUUUUUUCUUAGAAGUGUUUGUUGUUUUAGUUACAAUGUCAAAACAAUUGUAUGAAUAUAGGAUUUUUGCAAAGUACAUGCAGAAUAUAUUUUCAUUGUUUCUUUUCCAUUAUUUAUGUUUUAAUGAAAGUAAUAAUACAUGUACAUUUUGUUAUUUUAUAUUGUGUACCUAAAAAGUGCUUCCUUAGAUUAAAGUGACAAAAUACGAUUUCAGCUCUAAUUUUUCCAUUUUUGGGAGUUGAUUUUAAUCAACUAUCCUAUGCAUUUACUCUGGCAAAACGGAAGA